GGACGGACACGCGGACACUGAUCCAUGGGGCUGGGGGCUCUUCUUGUUCUCCUCUUCCCCCUCCUCUCCCUGGGGGCAGCCGGCUCCCAGCUGCGGGUGAUGACGGACCCCUCCUCCCAGGCCCUGCUGGGCGCCGAGGCCCGGUUGCGGUGCCACUUCGAUGUCGGGGCGCUGGUGGCCCUGCGCUCCCUGCAAGUCACCUGGUCCCUCUGGGAUGAGAGAAUUGCACAGUACAAAGAGGCUGGGAGCUGGGCCCAGCCCGGAGCCAGGCUGGCGGAGAUAGAGCUGGAGAAAGGAGACGCCUCCCUGUUGCUGCCCAGGGUGACGGUGACAGACGAGGGGCUGUACACGUGUGCCGUGGGCUACGGGGCGCAGCAGCAGCAGGGGAGCACCAGCCUGCGCGUGCUCGCUCCCCCGACCAUCUCCAUCCCACAGCGUACAGCCGUGGCCGGUGCCGUCACCUCCCUGCCCUGCCACGUGGGGGGCUUCUACCCCGAGGACGUGGACGUGGCGUGGCUGAGGGACGGGCAGGUCCUGAACGGCUCCACUCGCUCCAGCCCCGAAAGAAACCCGGACGGGACCUUCAGCCUCACCCUGACCUACACCUUCGCCCCCGACCUGCGCGACACCGGCGCCGUCUUCGCCUGCCGCGCCCGCCACGCGGCGCUGGGGCAGCCCCUGCACGAGGAGUUCCCCCUGGACGUGGCAGGUGGGGCCUCGCAUCGCACCGGCGCCGUGGUCGGAGCAUCCCUGGGGCUCGCGGUGGCAGCAGGAGCUGCGGCUGCCACGGCCUUUAACUGCUGGAGGAGGAGGAAAGGUGGGAAACCCCCCUACACCAUCUCCGAGGUGCGGGGGCCAGAGCAGUGCCUGCUGGGCCAGGAGGUGACCCUGCGCUGCUGCAUGGAGGGGACCUUCCCCGAGGACACGGCCGUGACGUGGGAGCGGGUCCAGGGCAAGGACAGGACGGCCACCGAGCCGCACGGGGACACGGCCGACCCCGAACGCCUGCCGCUGUUACGCGCCCUGCCCCCGGGCUGGACCGCGACGCAGGAGAGAAGCGCGACCGGCCUCACGGCCUCCCUGACCUUCACCGCCGCGGUGCAGGACGACGGGGCGCGCGUCCGGUGCUGCUUCCACCACGGGGCCAAGCGCAUCGGGGAGCAGCGGGAGUCCCGGGAGAUCCGGGUGUGGGCGCGGCCGGAGCUGUCCGGGAUCCAGGUGUGGCCGCGCUGGGACCCCCCGGACCAGGUGCCGUUCGCCGUCCGCCUGCACGGCUUCUACCCCCGCGGGAUCCACCGCAUCGCGUGGAGCUGGGACGGGGACGGUGCCGGGAGAGAAGAGCCCCCCGACAUCAGCCCCAACCCGGACGGCACCUUCACGGCGACGAGCGUGUGGAGAGUGCCCAGCCGGAGCCUGACCGGCCCGGGGCUGCGAGUGCGAGUGUGCGUGCAGCACGGCCCCGCAGACCCCCCGCUGGAGACAGAGCUGCGCCUGGGGGACGCCGGUGAGGACGGGGCUGCCCGGGGCUCAGGCGGGAGGAGCAGGGAUUGCUGCCCCCUCCAGUAAAACAAGCGCUGGGGGGUAAUGGUUUGUGUCCCACGACCCACCUGGAAACACAGAUGUGUGGGGGUUG